ACACUGGGGAGGUGGAAACCUCGCCUCCUUUUCCUGUGCUUAGUACCAUCUGACUGGCUAAAUGGUUGUCCUCCGUACAAAAAAGGCUAGUGUGCAAUCUAAGGAGACUGCUUCUGACUAGGUCAUGUUUGCAUUUGAAGAAUUCAGUGAACAGAGUAUCUGCCAAGCACGGGCUUCUGUGAUGGUCUAUGAUGACACCAGUAAGAAAUGGGUGCCAAUCAAGCCAGGCCAGCAGGGAUUCAGCCGGAUCAACAUCUACCACAGCACUGCAAGCAACACCUUCAGAGUCGUUGGGGUCAAGCUACAGGAUCAGCAGGUUGUGAUCAAUUAUUCAAUUGUGAAAGGGCUGAAGUACAAUCAGGCAACGCCCACCUUCCACCAGUGGCGAGAUGCCCGUCAGGUCUAUGGCUUAAACUUUGCAAGUAAGGAGGAGGCGACCACUUUCUCAAAUGCGAUGCUGUUUGCCCUGAACAUCAUGAACUCCCAAGAAGGAGGCCCCGCCACGCAGCGUCAGGUGCAGAAUGGCCCCUCUCCUGAAGAGAUGGACAUCCAGAGAAGACAAGUGAUGGAGCAGCAGCAGCACCGCCAGGAGUCUCUGGAGAGAAGAGCCUCGGCCACAGGACCCAUCCUCCCACCUGGACAUCCCUCAUCUGCAGCCAGCGCCACCCUCUCAUGCAGUGGACCACCACCCCCGCCCCCACCCCCUGUCCCACCUCCACCCACAGGGGGCACCCCUCCUCCCCCGCCCCCUCUGCCAGCUGGAGGAGCUCAGGGGGCCAGCCACGAUGAGAGCUCAGCAUCAGGACUGGCUGCCGCCCUGGCCGGGGCCAAGCUGAGGAGGGUGCAGCGGCCAGAAGAUGCAUCUGGAGGCUCCAGUCCCAGUGGGACCUCAAAGUCCGAUGCCAACCGGGCAAGCAGUGGGGGAGGUGGAGGAGGCCUCAUGGAGGAAAUGAACAAACUGCUGGCCAAGAGGAGAAAAGCAGCCUCGCAGACAGACAAACCCGCUGACAGAAAGGAAGACGAGAGCCAAACGGAAGAUCCUAGCACCUCCCCAUCCCCAGGGACCCGAGCCACCGGCCAGCCACCUAACUCCUCAGAGGCUGGCCGGAAGCCCUGGGAGCGGAGCAACUCGGUGGAGAAACCCGUGUCCUCGCUGCUGUCCAGAACCCCGUCUGUGGCAAAGAGCCCUGAAGCUAAGAGCCCCCUCCAGUCGCAGCCUCACUCUAGGGUGAAGCCUGCUGGGAGCGUGAACGAUGUGGCCCUGGAUGCCUUAGAUUUGGACCGGAUGAAACAGCCACACCUGCCCCUGGAGAGCUGCUUGUCCCUUCACUGGAGGCUCUGCCCAGCAGGAGAUCCUGGAGGAGGUGGUCCGAGAGCUCCACAAGGUGAAGGAGGAGAUCAUUGACGCCAUCAGGCAGGAGCUGAGUGGGAUCAGCACCACAUAAGGUGGCGCUGGCCACGAAGGACAGCCAGGAGUCGCGGCUCGGCUGGCACUCGGCACUCGACGAGCCCAGGGAAGCUAGGAUGCUCCGCAGUCUCGCCUGUGAUACAACACUCCACGAGGAGACAAGGCUCCACCCUGGAUUUUCUAGUCCAUUUGACACAGAACACAAGCUCUAUUCUUUUUUGUAUUUUCUAUUUGCUUAUUUAAGUGUACAUUUCUUUGGUAUAUAGAGAGGACACCCCCAGAUCACCUGCUUCAUUAGAUGGCUUCCAAGUUUUCUCCUAGGUAACACUGUUGGCACCUGAGCUGGCAGCGAGCAGCCGACACAGCGUGGCCUUCCACGCUGCGGAGCUGUCCCAGCACAGCCCUGUCCCCGGCAGCCGUGGUGUUAGCAGUCUGUCCGCGCAGCGCGUGUUACGUCCACACAGUAAUAAACCGUUCACUGUCCACA